GAGAGUCAGUGCCAGCGAACUGCCAGCGUUAUUAGCAAUGUUAACCAAGGAAUAAGGUGCCUUUUCCCAAGGACUCUACGAGUGAAAAAUAAAGAUUUCAUCCAACGACGCGAGGUAAAAGAGGACGACACAGAACUGCUAUGAUUCACUCUCUUGCUGCAGCAAUGAGCAACCAACUCCAAAACACCUCUUCUUUUAACUCGGGAACCUGGAAUUUCCAAGACGUGAGAAACUCCUCACCCGUCCGGACCUCCGACAUGCGGCCGGUCGUUGUCAGCCCCUGGGACAUUGCACUGUGCGUGACCGGGACCCUCAUCGCCUGCGAAAACGCAAUCGUGAUUGCAAUCCUUUUUUACACGCCCACCCUGCGCGCGCCCAUGUUCGUGCUCAUAGGGAGCCUUGCCCUUGCUGACCUGCUGGCGGGACUCGGCCUCAUACUGAAUUUCAUCUUCACCUACAUGCUGAACACUGAGUUCGUGACGCUAAUCUCGGUGGGACUGCUCAUCGCCGCCUUCUCCGCCUCCGUGCUCAACAUCCUGGCGAUCACCGUGGACAGGUACCUCUCCCUGUACAAUGCGCUGACCUACCACACGGAGCGAACAGUGACUUUCACCUACGUCAUGGUGAUACUCAUCUGGCUCGUGAGCAUCGCACUGGGUUUGCUGCCGCUGAUGGGCUGGAACUGCCUGCGAGACGAGUCCACCUGCAGCAUCUGUCGCCCGGUGACCAAAAACAACGCGGUCGCCCUAGCGGUGACUUUCCUGCUCAUCUUUGCGCUCAUGAUGCAGCUCUACCUGCAGAUUUGCAAGAUCGCCUUCCGACACGCGCAACAGAUCGCGGUGCAGCAUCACUUCAUGGCCAUCUCCACCACCAAAGGCGUGUCCACGCUCUCCGUCAUCCUCUGCACCUUCGCCCUUUGCUGGAUGCCCUUCGCAAUGUACUCUAUCGUGGCGGACUCCACCUACCCUAUAAUCUACACAUAUGCCACAGUCCUGCCGGCCACGUGCAGCUCAGUCAUCAACCCCAUCAUCUACGCCUUCAGAAACCCCGACAUCCAGAAAUCUCUGUGGCUGGCGUGCUGUGGAUGCGUCCCUUCCAACUUCUCCUUACGACCAAGGACGUCAAGUGACGUAUAGC